ACCCACCCGUUCUCUUGGUGAGUGCUUUUAUCUCUGGCUUUCAGCUGGACAUAUGCGGGAUUUAUUCAGUUUUUUUUUUAUUAUUAUGGUUCUUUUUCUUUUUGAAAGAUAUACUUAUACAAAUACAACUUAAGUCAUAUCAUCUUCUAUUUCCCCCCCUUCUCUUCCCAUGGAUAACUGCUAUCUUGUUAUAUAUUAUGCAUAUUUUCAUACUUUUACUAGAUGUGUAUGUAUCCACAAACAAUACAUACUCUUGUGUUUUAGAAACAGAUGAGGAUGGUAGUAUAUUGAAUGUAUUUUUUUAAAAAACUAUAGGUCAUGUUUUGUUUUUUCAUGCUAAGGCAGUAAUGAAUUCCUAACCCACCCCAGGCUCAAACUUGAAAUAGAUGUUGGAUUUUUAUGAAAUAUUUUUCUCAGCAUCGAUUUUGGCGAUCAUGUGACUUUUCUAAUCUAUUAAUAUAUUGUAGCAGACACUCCUGGUUCCUUGCUGUGCAAAGAGUUGACAUAGCUGACCUGAGACUGUUCUCCUUGGAAAGGCCUGCUGACAAGAUGCCUUCCCUGGCAUCUGGGAACUUAGAUUUUGGGAGGGUUCCCACUUCCCUAUCAAGAGUGGCUCACUGUGCCAAGACUCUUCUUUCAAACAAUAUGGUUUGUCUUGAACACCUGUUUUCCUCUGGGAUUCUGGAAUUUUGGUACUGGCUUCGAGGAGCAAGAGAAAUCAAGUAAAGGACGAGGAGAAGGUUCCUGUAGUUGCAUAUGGUCAUUUCGUGGGACAUCCGUUACCUGAGACUGAGAUUUUGGAACAGAAAUUUAGGGCAGAUCCAGAAGAGACUAAAAACAACAUCCCAGUUACUUGGCAUUUCCCAAAACAAGAAAAUGACCAAGGCUCAGGGAUCGCUGACACUGGAGGAUGUGGCCGUGGACUUCACGUGUGAGGAGUGGCAGCUACUGGACCCUGAUCAGAAGGACCUGUACCGUGACGUGAUGCUGGAGAACUAUAGCAACCUACUGUCCGUGGGGUAUCAAGUUAGCAAACCUGAUAUACUCUCCAAGUUGGAACAAGGAGAACCACCAUGGACCUUAGAAGAUGAAGUUCACAGUCACCCCCAUCCAGAAAUUGAGAAAGUGGAUGAUCAUAUGCAGCCACACUGGCAAAACCAAAAUAUACUGAAGAGGUUGGAACAGUGUUAUGAACAGAAUGCAUUUGAGAAUAUUAUUUAUCAGAGCAAAAGUUGCUUUCCUUUAAGGCCAAAUCAUGAUGUAUUUGAUUUACAUGGGAAAACUUUGAAAUCAUAUUUAGAUGUAAUCAACCUGAGUACAAGCUGCAAAAAAAUGGAGCCUGCUGAGUUUAAUGGAGAUGGGAGAUCCUUUCUCCAUGCUGAUCAUGAGCAAACUCAUACUGAAAUUAAACAUCGGGACAUACACAAAAUAGAGAACACCCACGAAUGUACUGAAUGUGGCAAAGCCUUCCUCAAGAAGUCUCGGCUCAAUGAACAUAAGAGAAUUCAUACAGGAAAGAAACCCCACGGAUGUAGUGUGUGUGGGAAAACCUUCUCCAAGAAGUUCAAGCUCACUGAACAUCAGCGAACUCACAAAGGAGAGAAACCCCAUGAGUGCCGUGAGUGUGGAAAAGCCUUCCUCAGGAAAUUUCAGCUUACUGAACACCAGAAGACUCAUACAGGAAAUAAACCCCAUGUAUGCAGUGUAUGUGGGAAAGCAUUCUACAGAAAGUUCAAGCUAACUGAACACCAGAGAACUCAUACAGGAGAGAAACCCUAUGAAUGUACUGAAUGUGGCAAAGCCUUCUUUAGGAAGGCAGAGCUCAUUAUACAUCAGAGAAACAAAAGAGGAGAAAAACCCCAUGUAUGCAAUGAGUGUGGGAAAGGUUUCUCCAGAAAAUCACAGCUCAUUCUGCACCAGAAAAUUCAUACAGGAGAGAAAUCUUAUAUAUGCAGUGAAUGUGGAAAAGGUUUCAUACAGAAGGGCAAUCUUAUUAUACAUCAACGAACUCACAGUGGAGAGAAACCCUAUGGAUGCACUGAAUGUGGUAAGGCCUUCAGUCAGAAGGCAUGCCUCAUAGCACAUCAGCGAUUUCAUACAGGAAAGACUCCCUUUGUAUGUACUGACUGUGGAAAAUCUUGUUCACAGAAAUCAGGACUCAUUAAACAUCAGAGAAUUCACACAGGAGAGAAACCCUAUGCAUGCAGUGACUGUGGGAAAGCCUUCACUACAAAGACAAUGCUCAUUGUCCAUCAAAGAACUCACACGGGAGAGAGGCCCUAUGGAUGCAAUGAGUGUGGGAAAGCUUUCUCCCACAUGUCAUGCUUGGUUAAACAUAAGAGGACACACACAAGAGAGAAACAAGUAGAUUCACUGAAGGUGGAAUAUCCUUCCACAAAGGGUCACAGCUUAUUAGAUACUAGUAAACUCAUGCAGGGGGAAAACCCUGUUAAUAUGGUGACUGUGCAGAUGCCUUCUGCAACCCCUCAGACAUCAUUAAACAUCAGUGGGCUCCUAGCAGAUAGGAAUGUAGUCCUUAUGGAACAUCCAGAUGCCAGAGGUGCACCCUCAGGAGAUAACAGAGAGUUUGUGCAGGAAAGAAACUUCAUGAAUGCGAUGAAUGUGGUUAUGCCUUCAGUGGUCAAUUACAUCUUAUUUUAUGUCACAAGCAGGAAAAGGAAAACCUCCCCCGUAGUUGGGCCGUACGUGGAAAAACGGCGGCUCCCGCUUCUGAGGGUCGUGUCCGCCGCGGGGGUUGAUCGCCGGACUACUGACAUUGAGGCAAAGUGUUUAGAACAGCGGUAUCGUGAUAUGCCUCCAACGGUGAAGACGGAGUUCAUCCAUCAGAUGAUCAAGGUCCAGGCAUCUUUGUCAUUCGAGGACGUGACUGUGGCUUUCACCUGGGAGGAGUGGCAGUUACUGGACCCAUCUCAGAAGGACCUGUACAGGAAUGUCAUGUUGGAGAACUACUACAACCUAGUGUCAGUAGGAUAUCAGACUCCCAAACCAGAUUCACUGUUCCAGUUGGAACAAGGAGAACCCCCAUGGACGGUAGAGGGAGCAGGCCAGAGUCAAACCUAUCCAGAAGAAAUAUGGGAGAUUGACCCUAUGCAAUGGCACCCAGAAAACCAAAACGGGAUUAAAACUUUGGAAAGAUAUCAGCAAAGUUAUGCACUUGGAAAUAAUUUCGAUUUAUGCAAAAGUCUGGUUCCUUUAACACAAAGAUACAAUAAUUUUGGCCCACAUUGUAGAAGUUUGAAAUCACAUUCAGGUUUUGUUAUUGAGAAUAGAAGAUAUGCAGGAAAGGAUUCUGAUGAGUUCAGUGGAUAUGGGAAAUCAUCUCUCUACCUCCAGCAUAACAGAACUCUUACCAGAAUUAAAUACCAUGGCUGUGUGAAACCCAGUAGCACUAAAUCACAGCUCAAUGACCAUGAAAAAAUUUAUCCAGGAAAGAAACCACACACAUGCAGUGAGUGCGGGAAAGCCUUCUCCAGGAAGGCACAGCUCAUUAGACAUCAGAGAACUGAAAGAGGAGAGAAACCCCAUGGAUGCAAUGAAUGUGGGAAAACAUUCAUGAGGAAGAUUCAGCUCACUGAACAUCAGAGAACUCAUACAGGAGAGAAACCCCAUGAAUGUAAUGAAUGUGGGAAAGCCUUUUCCAGGAAGUCACAGCUAAUGGUCCAUCAGCGAACUCAUACAGGAGAGAAACCGUAUGGAUGCAGUGAAUGUGGAAAAGCCUUCAGCCGGAAGUGCCGGCUCAACAGACAUCAGCGCUCUCAUACUGGAGAGAAAUUAUAUGGUUGCAGUGUGUGCGGGAAAGCCUUUUCCCAGAAGGCAUACCUCAUUGCACAUCAGAGACUUCACACAGGAGAGAAGCCUUACAAAUGCAGCGAAUGUGGAAGAACGUUCUUUUUUAAGUCAGACCUCACCAAGCAUCAGAGAAUUCAUACGGGAGAGAAACCAUAUGAAUGCAGUGAUUGUGAAAAAGCCUUCAGAAGCAAGUCAAAGCUCAUUCAGCACCAGCGGACUCACACCGGAGAGAGACCAUAUGCCUGCAGUGAAUGUGGCAAAGCCUUUGCCCACAUGUCAGUCCUCAUCAAACAUAAGAAAACUCAUAUAAGAGAGAAAGCUGUGGAUUCCCCAAAGCUGGAGAAACCUUCCUCAGUGAGUCAUAGCUCUUUAUUCAUGAGUGAACUCGUACAGGAGCAAAACCCUAUGAACGCAGUGCCUGUGGAAAUGUCUUUUUCGGGAACCCAGCCCUUAUUAAACAUCAGCGAGUUCCUAGGGGGCAGAAAUGUAGUGAUUGUGGACCAGCCUUUUCCAAGAAGUCAAGCCUCAGUAGAAAAUCGGGAAUUUACACAGGGACUAAGCCUUGCAAAUGCAGUGAAUGCGACAACCCCUUCAGUAAUAAAUUAUGUCUUAUAUGUUACAGAUAUUGUGUAGGAAAAAAAAAAACCUCAGAUACCUGAGAUGGGAAAAAGCCUUGAGCAAGAAUCCUCCCCACAUUCAUUAUGUGUCAGAGCUUGCUUAGGACAGAAAUGCUGUGGAUGGGGUGGUUGUGGAGAACACUUCUGUGAGAAGUUAGACUUAGUAAAUAUCAACGAGAUCACAUUGGGCAGAAAUGCAGCUCUUGUGGGGAAGCCUUUUCCUAGAGGUGAUAUUGCAGUUGAUAUCAAAGAAUUCCCACAGGACCAAAACCUUAGAGUAUGAUGGUUUUUAAUGAUAAAUUGUACCUUAUCACUUGUCAGAGGAGCAUAGAAAGACAACUGUAGAGGCACUGAAGGUGGAAGACAUGUUUAGUAAAAUGUGGAAGCACUCAUAGAGAAGAAAAAUCCCCCAAAGGCAAUAAAAAAUGGGAAUUCUAUCACCAAACUAAGUCAUGUAUCACAGUUUUACCUUGGAAAGUGGGAAAGACUUUUGUAAAUAAAGGAAAUCUUCUUGGACACCAGGAAUUGCAUUGUGCAGUGAAAACCUAAGAAUAUAAUGAAUGUAGAAGGACAGCUAUAUUAGUUUCUUACGGCUACUGUAACCAGUUUUCACAAACUCAGCGUCUCAUAACAGCACAAUUUAUUAUCCUGGAGCUCUGAAGUCCAGAAUGCAUCUCUGGGCCAAAAGCAAGGUUGUUAGCAGGGUUGCAUUUCUUCUUGGAGGCUCUAGAGGAGAAUCUGUUUCUUUGCUUUUCCAGCUUCUAGAAGCUGCCCAAAUUCUAUGGCUUGUGGCCCCUUUCCUUCCUCAGAGCCAGCAAUGGCUGGUCAACUCUUUCAUCCCUCCAACACUCAUUUUUCUGUCUCCUCCUUCCACGUUUAAGGACCCUUGUGAUUACAUUGGGCCCACCCAGAUAAUCCAGGAUAAUCUCCUAUCUUAAAGUCAGCUAAUUAGCAGCUUUAAGUCCAUCUGCUACUUUGUGUCCCCUUUGCCUUAUAAUAUAACAUGUUCACAGGUCCUAGACAUAAGGAUGUAGACAUCUUUGGGAGGCCAUCAUUCUGCCUACCAGAGGCCACCCUUUGGCACCCAGUGAUUCGUGUCUAUCCCUCAUGCAAAUGGAUUCAUCCUAUCUUAGCAUCUCCAGAUAUCUCAGCCCGUUACAGGACCAACUCAGAGUCCAAAACCUAACCUAAAACUGAUCAGCUCAGGAGUGCCAAAUCUCAUCUUCUAAAUCUAGUGUUGAUAGGCUCUGGGUACAAUCCAUUCUGAGGUUUCUCUCUGUGAACGUUUAAAACUCUAGAAACAAUUUAUAUGGUCCUAAAAUAACUUAAUUCCAUCUUCUACCUUAAUUCCCCUUUACCAUGCAAUGUAACAUAUUUACAGAUUCUAGGAAUUAGGACAUGAACAUCUUUGGGAUUUGCCAUUAUUUUGCCUACCACAAAAACAUUAGAUUUCAGAGAAUUUACACUUUGAUAAAUUCCUACCUAGCCCUUAAGUAAAUUUGGAAAAGCAUGUUUCCAGAGAAAUAAUUAUCUAAAGUAAUUAUGAUCUAAGUACAUUAACAUUUUUUCUUUAAUCAGAGAAUCUUACACUGAUUGUUAGAUGUGAACACCGUGGAAUGCUCUUGAAAUGUAUAGAUCAAAUUCUCAGCACUGGAAAAGAAAUCUUAAAUAUCCUAAAGGAAUAUGAGAUUUAUGCUGCUAGAAAUACUACCAAACAUACGUUUGUAUCUAUUCUGAAAUUGCACAAAUUAAUACAUCCACAUAUAUCAUAAUGAACCUAAAUCCUGACCAGUAUUUUUCACAGCCAACUCCAACAACUCCUUUUUCUUCAACAGUAUGAUGUAUAUAUCGUCCUACCUUAAAUAACAACAAGAAAAGACAAAAUAUGUGAACGGACUUUUUCAGAAGUUGGAUAAUAGGGAGCUCAGAACAGCUAUCUCCGAGAGAAAGAAAACAAAUGAAGUAAGCCUUUUGAUUGCCCGCAGGCUACUGCCUGGAGAGAGUUUCCAUUCUGCAGCAUAAGGAGGAGGAGCCCCCAAAGAUCUCAGUCUCCUUGAAUUGAGACAGAGUUUAGAGUUAGUAGAAUUCAGUGUGGCUGAAAUCAAUCCAUGGGGCAGAUGACAGGAGAGGAGAGAGCUGUGCCCAGAGAGUGGGAGAGUUCCAGAGUUCUAGCAGUCCUACAAGAGAUACUGUGAAAGCUAUAAUAUUUAUAUAUACUAAAGGCACUUGGUAAUUAUGAAUUUAGUCAUAAUCUAAUGAGUCGAAAUCAUUUGUUUUAAACUAAAUACCAUAUUCAGUUCAUUCUAGUCCUCUUUGAGUUCAUUCAUAGGCCAGGCUAAUUGCCAAUAAUGAGAUUAGGAGCAGGGCUAUGGUGAGUAUUGUUUUUAGAUUAUUUGUUUGAGUAGCUCAGGGGAGGGGCAGUAGGAGGGCAAUUUCUAGGUCAGAGUUCUAGAGUUCCUCCACAAGUUUUUAAGUUAUAAUCAGCACAUAUAUGUGAGGAAACUCCCUAGGCUGGAGAAAGAACCACUGGAAAUGAACAAGCAGAACCAUCCUUGGAGCUUGCACAAAGUUGGGAAUAAUUUGUGUUUCCACCAACUGAAAUGGAAACACCUCCUUAACAUUUGGAGACUCACAGUGGAACUUCAGAAGAGCAUUGUCUCAGUGGGUGGCUCAAAUUGGAUCUAGAGUAAAGGCUCCUCUGAACUCUCCUACCAAAGCAUAAUGCAAACCACUAAAAAAAUAAACUGCUUCUAAGUAAUUUACUGCUUCUCAGGACAAAGCUCAAUAGUAUUCAAAAGGAAUAGGAAGCAGUCCAUCAACCAGUAAUGUAAAAUUCACAAAGUCUGAAAUCUAAUUAGAACCUACCCCGGUAUGCCAAGAAGCAGGAAAAUAGCACCCAUAAACAUGAAGGAAAGUCGAUAGAAAGAGACCCAGAAAAACCAAAAAAAGAAGGAAAAAAAAUUGAAACAAAACAACAAAAAUUUUAAAACCAAUAAAAAAUGAAAAAAUUAAAAAGCAAUUUAAAAAGAGGAAAAAAGUAUAAAUAAGAAAUUAAUGAGACCCAGAAAUGACAUGGAUGAUAGAAUUAGCAGAAAAUGAUGUUAAAACAGCUAUUAUAAAUACUACAUAUGCUCAAGAAGGUUGUGUCGAGUGGAUUAUAGAAAUUAUAAUUUACUGUGGGAUUCUGCAGGUCUUUUGGUAGUGAAUUCUCUCAGAUUUUGUUUAUUUUAAAAUGUCUUUAUUUCACACUCAUUUUUAAAUAAUAUUUUCCCUGGAAAUAGAAUUCUAAAUUGACAGUGCUUCUCCUCUAUCAUUUAAAAAGUAUGAAUCUAGUAUCUUCUCGCCUCCCAGAAUUGUUUCUGGUUAGAAGUCAACAAUCAUUCAUAUUACUCUUUCCUUGUAUCUAAUGUGUCUUUUUUUCCUUUGGCUGUUUCCAAGAUUUAUUUUUUGUCUUUGGUUUUCAGCACUUUCACUACAAUGUGUGUAAAUGUGCUUUGUCAUUAAAAAAUAGAAACCAAGUUGUCCUUGUAAUGCCUUUAGGAAUUGUAGUGUUGAUUAGUUUUUCAUCACUUUGUUUUAAUUUGUCUUCUCUCUUUUUUCUUAAUCAAUCUUGCUAUGGAUGUACCAAAUUUAGUAACCUUAUAU